CUACAUAUGAUCGUCAUAACCGUGAUCUUGACUCUUCUGGAAGUUUACAUUGCAGAUGCUCGGAACUGAGCUCUUAAUUUAUUCUUAGCUAUCGUUUCAAAAUUAAGUCUUCAAAAUGAUGAAAGGAUUAACACUAUCGAGUUUAAAAAAGCAUUAUUCGUUAAUACCCCUUUUCGUUAUUCUUGGUGGGGGUAUGCUGUUAUCUGCAGGUUACUUGGCAAGAUUAGCCUUUAAGAACCCUGAUGUCAGCUGGAGAAGAAAGAGUAACCCUGAGCCUUGGCAAGAAUAUGCUGAUAAGAGAUACAAAUUGCUUCAUAUUAAGGAUGAGCCAGAUUAUGGAAAGUUGAAAGAACAGCGACCUGAAUUCUAAGAUGUAAACGAAUUUCUGGUGUCUUAUUAGACUUAUUCCAAGUUAAAGACUAUUUAAUUUAGUGCCUAAGAUGUCAUAUGAUUUUUUAAUUAAAGUCUUAGAUGUGAA